AUGCAAUUCAACCUUCUCACUUCUCUGAGAAGGGCACAUCCCUCCGUCCAGAGGGAGCCCCCGCAGCCCCAGAGCCCCCCCCUGCCGCCCCCCCCCAGGAACCCAGGGCCCCCGACAGACCCAUGGAGACGGAAACCCCCCUCGGCGUCAGCCCCUCUCCCCAAAUCCACCUCAUCCUCGUCAGGCUUGUCGUCGACGGGUACGGUCCCGCCCCCGUCGACCUCCUCAUCCAUGCCGGGCUUGGCCGCCCUCUCCUCCUCCGCCCUGUCCUCCUCCUCCUCCACCCUGGCCUCCAGCCUGGCCUCCAGCCUAGUCUCAGAGCAGAGGAGUCAGGGGGAGAGAGCCUCAACAGCCACCCCCUCGGCCAGCCUGGACACACACACAGAUUCCCCCUCGUCUGUGGUAAACAAACAGCUGGGAUCCAUGACUCUGGAUGAGCAGCAGGGAGGAGCUGAGCGGGGCUGCCUCAGUAGUGCUGUGAGUUCUGCUGACUUAGGACUCGGUCCUGGAGCGGCCGGCGGCUCCGGCAGCGGGCGGGCCAGCACGGCAGAGCCCGUCCUGAGCCUCCAUUACAGCACGGAGGGAACCACCACCAGCACCAUCAAACUAGACUUCACAGACGAGUGGAGCAGCAGAGCUUCCAGCUCCAGGGGCAGUGGGGGGCCCAAGGCGUCCGACCCUGCUGCCGUCCAGACCAGGGAGGGGCUCGCUCCGCGGAGCUCAGCGUCUGAGACAGCGCCUCCUGCUGUGUCAGACACCCCAGGCCAGAGCAGGCCGGCCCCUCCCCCAGCCCCGGCAGCUGAAGUCGGGCAGCGCAGCCCCGAGAAGGCCUCCUCCUCCAGUUCCGUCCCCCAGGCCUGCCCGGCCGCCCCCGCCCCGGCCGGAGGCUCCUCCGAGGGGGCCGGCGCCGAGCCCUCCCUGCUGGAGCCUGAGGAUGCGGAGGACACCUCCGGGGGGUGCAGGAGGGAGGAGCCCCCAGGAGAGGGGGGCCCGGGGGGGCAGGAGGGGCUGGCUCAGCCCUCGCGGAGCAACCAGGACUCAGACGACAGCGACGACGAUCCCAUCCUGAUCCCCUCGGCUAGAUACAGAGGAGGACAGGGACAGAGAUCUAAUUUCAGAGGAUCGGCGGUAGGAGAUAGGAUGAUCAGGCGUUCAGCGGCGGCCCGUAUACAGGAGCUGUUCCGUCGGAGGAAGGAGAGGAGGGAGAUGGAGGAGAGCGAGACACAGAACAUCAGGAGACCUUCAGUCAAGAUGGUCUACAAGGGACACCGGAACUCCAGAACCAUGAUAAAGGAGUCGUGUUUCUGGGGGAACAACUUUGUGAUGAGCGGCUCGGACUGCGGCCACAUCUUCAUCUGGGACCGGCACACGGGCGAGCAUCUGAUGCUGCUGGAGGCCGACAACCAUGUGGUCAACUGUCUGCAGCCUCACCCCUACGACCCCAUUCUCGCAUCUUCCGGCAUCGACUACGACAUCAAGAUCUGGUCUCCUCUGGAGGCGAGCCCCUCCUUCAACAGAGUCCUGGCAGACGAGGUGAUCACUCGUAAUGAGUUGAUGCUGGAAGAGACCAGGAACACCAUCACCGUCCCCGCUUCCUUCAUGCUCAGGAUGUUGGCCUCACUCAAUCACAUUAGAACAGACCGCUUGGAAGGUGACCGCUCUGAAGGUUCCGGACAAGAGAACGAGGAUGAGCAGUAGCCGGCAGCCAUUUUGUUUGAGGGAGAUAAAAAGCGACAAACACCUUUUCUUUUGCUCCAAAAAGCACUUGAAAAAUUGAGAUUUGUACAAGUAUAAUGUCGAAUAUUUCCUUACCUGAGCACUAGUUCCAUUUCUAGCCCCCUUCUUUUUUAAGAUGACUUUCUUACUGAGGUUUCUGUAUGAGAAAACGACAUCUGAGGAAAGUGUGCGAAUGCAAGCGUUGAGCAAGACUAUUAUAUUAAGAGAGUUUGAGUAAUAUAUAUAGAUGACUGAUGUGUGAGGAUGUCUUAAGUGCAAUAUUAUUUUGAUCAGGAGCAAAUGGUCUUUGAUCAGUGUUGGUGUGAGAUUUUGUAUUUGUAGAGCAAGGCAAAGAACUCAACUGUUUAUAUACUGUACUUGCAGUUAUGCAUGUGUAAACAGGAAUUAUGCUUUAAGUAAACCAUUUUGUUGUUGAAAA